AUGGUCGAGACUGGGCGCGUCGUCCGCGUUCGAACAGUGAGAGGCUCGAGGGCGAGGCGAGGGCGAGGGCGAGCGCUGCUGGCGCCCGGAGUUGUGGUUCCUGCUCGUGCUCCGAGCGCCUGUUAUGAUCUGAUCGCCAUUCUUCGGCAUUCCUUCGAGCGCACGCACGCACGCGCGCGCCUUCGUCUUGCGGUGCUUGGGCUUGUUUCCACGAGGCUCGUCCGACUUCGUCUUCCGUCGAUUGCUCGUCUGCUCGGGGUAAAACAAUUCGGACGGACUCUCUUGAAAGCUGAAGAGAGACAAGGAGGAGGAAGGAGGAAGGAGGAAGGAGGCGAUCGGCCUGCCACUUGUGGUCGCGGAAUCGGUCGUCGAAUUGAACCACAUUUCGCUGGUCCUGGUCUGGUGGUGUCAAGGUCAGCUCGCCCGGCCGAUCCGCCGCAUUCCGGAUUUUCUUUGUUGCCGGGGAGAAGAAGAAGCAGCAGCAGUAGCUGCUGCUGCCGUUGGUGUGAAUGUUGGUAA